AUGGGUCUUGGAGGAGAAAAAAAAACAAAAUGGAAUCUUUGGGAAGCUGCGGCAAAAUAUGCCAAGGUCGAGUUUAAAAGCCCCGGUUACUAUUUGCGGCACUGGCGGUUCUUUUAUGAUCCUCCAGAUUUUCAAACGCUGUUUGUUAAGCGAGGGAACGGAAUUUAUUAUGGCGUGAUGACCCCAAGGACUUGCUGGGCUAUCGCAUCGCAACUUGAUGAAAAGCUUGCCAACAUCAAGAAGAUCCUCAGUGCAUUGGAUCAACCAGGCGAGUUCUCAAAGGAAGAAGCCAAAGAUAUAGUCAUGGAGAAAUUGCAGCCCAUCAUAACAGCUUCAGUGAUCGCUUUGGAUGAGUGUGAUUUUGGUAAAAAUCUGGAACUAGGAAUUGACCUUUUCUUCUCCGGCCAUAAGAACCUACACGAAAUUGUUCAGAAUCUCCUCAACCCCGCCUAUAAGUUGCUCGAAAGGAAGCAAUAGUCAUAAGCUCCCCUUACUCCUAAAUUGGGGAGAUAGACUCCCCCUCCUAUUUCUAUGUUGCUUGUUAUUUUAUUGCUUAAAGGAUCUCGCUUUUUACUUUUGAGAAGUCGGUGUUUUUUUCUCCCCUUCAGCCCCUAGUGCUCGUGACCUUGUAUACAGUGCUGCUUUGAAAAAAAUGGUCCUAGUCGAUUUAAGCUUUCCGAAAUGUUCAAACGUCCAUGAUACUAGAAGCGUGCCUAUCGUCGAUCGCAAUAUGGUCUAUCUGAUUAAGUUAAAUUGAUCUGGAGAAUUCUUAGUUCUUUUGUAAAAAACAAAUACUGAUGAUAUUUCACCCUGCAGCCUUCCCUUCCUAGUUUGGCACUAAAUUUCGUAAGAAAUUUUUUUGUCGUAGCUAGGGUACUGCUUUAUCCAACGAGGAACAUGUUCUUGGUGUUAUUUAUAGUUGAUGCAAAUGGACAUGAAGCGCUCGAUGAUAUAUUUGUUCAUAUGCUGGCUUUUGUUUUUAUUCAUUUUAAAUUAUUUAAACCAAAUUUAGCGAUACAAAAUUUUCAAAAAAAAAAACACACUUAAAAGACUAUACAAAAAAAAAUCCAUCCACACAUAUAUUUCAUUUGUUUUCUCUCAAUGCAUAAUUUUGUUUGUAAAAUUUCAGCAACUAUGAACUUGUACUGAUACUGGUAGGUACUAUAAAAUUCACAAAUCUGGUAAGUAAAAAUACCUUCCGACUUACAUGAAAACAAAUUCAAUUAACAAAUAUCUUAAUACCUACCAAUAAUACAUGUAAUCAAUCCCAAUAUACCAACAUUUUUCAAUUAUCAAUCCAGACUGAAAAAUCUUUGCUUACUGCCAAAGCCAUACAAAACUAGGAAUUCGCAUGUUAUAAUAUAUUAUAAAUCAACACAUCGGUCAAUUGAACCCUUUUCCUUUUAUUCACUGUCUUAAAUCUUUCCCUUUAUCGAAAAUGUUGUAAAAAGAGCUUUAAUUUUUGUAGGAAAGAUCUACAUUUAAAGUUUUUUAAUAUACAACCUUUUCAAUUUCAUAAUUCUACCAUCACCACAGGCUUGAGACAUUUGUAUAUGAUUGUUUAUGCACACAAUUUGGGCAAUGCAAUUAAGAAAAUAUAAUCAUAUUUGGAUUUCUCUUCAAGCUGUAAAAUUGGAAGACUAUUGGCGUUUUUCUUUUUAAGAUCAGAGCUGAGCACUGAGCAGAGUCUGAGCGAACAGAGUAGAGUUCUGAGCAGAGUAUGUUCAGAGCUAUCUGAUUUAAAUAUGAAACAACUUGAGCACUAAACUGUCAUGAUUUGAAAAGCAGUCAUAGCGUUGAUCCAUUUUACGCCUGAAAUAAAUUUAACUCAUAAAAAUGCUAUAUGCAAUUCGUUUUUUUUUUUUUUAAAUUAUCUUACUCUUACUCUGGACCUCUUCCGCCACUUUUAUUGUUUGACGAUGAUUUUUUUUAAUUUCCUAGCUUUCAAAUUGUUUGUGUUUACCAUUUAACUCCGUUUACUCUGUUAUUUUAUUCUGAACUCGCAGAGCGCGCUCUGAGCAUGUCCGAAACUAAAAAAGAAACACGAAUUUGAAGCUCUGAACGAUCAGGGCUCAAAAAGAAACACAAUUGUUUUUUUUUUUAUAGUUCGAGCUCCGCUCUGAACUAAAAAGAAACGCCUAUUUGUUAGAAAAAUUGUGUAAAAUCGCACAAAUUUAGUUCUUAAACAUGUUUCUUGGGCAUGUUCAAAAAUAAUGGAACCCCUAAAUUUGAAGUGCAGUGUCAUGUUUAAUAUCACAGAGUUAAAAUUUAAAAGUAUAAAAACUUGAGACACAAAGCAAAUUGUUUUUUUUUUUGUGUUUUUAUUAAAUUGUUUAGCACGAGUAAUAACUUUAGUAGGAGCUGUCUAUUUCCCCUCGUUUAUGUAAGAGGGGCAAUUUUAUAAAAUUGACUUAAAAUCAAAA